UUCCACCACAACCCAAGGUCUUUACAAUCACAAUUAGCCAUGGGUUCUUCAACCUCGAAAGUCGCAUCCUCGAUCGUAAGAACAGUCUCGCAAGCCGCUUCAACCUCAAAAAAUACCGCAGCGCGAAAAUACCCCACCAGAAUCCCAGAAACUCCAUCUUCAACUGGAUCAAGGAUACGGAUGCCGAAAUCUGCAGAUGAGCAUGGAGCGCAUGAUCCAGGUAAACCCCAAUAAUCAAGAAAACCAAAUCAAUUUUACCAAGAGCAUACAGCCUAACAAAAAACCCCAGGAAUAACCCAAACCCUGUCCCAAUCCGCCUCCCUCAACGCCCGCCUCCAAUCCCUCGGCCCCGUCACCCCAAACCCAACCUUCUCCCCCUCAUCCACAUUCUCCAACGCCCCUCUCUUACGACACUCCCACCAAUCCCCCACCCAGAACUCAACACGCAAUUCCCCUCCCCACAAUUUCACACCCUCUUCCUCCUCGCCGGAGCAGAGCAUCUUCCCAUCCGCGACACAGAACCCUGCGGUUAGUCUGUUGACGGCGAGAUAUAGACUGGCGGAGGAAGCGGAGAGGGAAUUUGAGGGCUUGGGGAAGAGGGGGAGUCAGGGGAGGAGAUUCUUGGAUGUUGUUGUUAUUAGGCAGAUUUUGAUGCUGAGGGCGAAGGGGAUGAGGGACGAGGGGAUUGAGGAGGUGCUUGAGUUGAGGAGGGGGGUUGUGAAGAUGUUAGGGGGGAAGGGGGUCUUUGGUGCUGCUGAUUAGGGAUGAUUUCGAAAGCGCAGACAGUGGAAUAAGCUUGAAGAAAGAGGGUGGAUUCAUUAGUGAGUGUAUAGUAUGACUGGCAUGGAUGGGGCAUUUCGAAACUGGGUGGAGUUAUCGGACGAAUAUGGUAUGGGUUUUGGAUUAUAGUGGUGGAUGCUACUUCAAAAUACAAUCUGGAACCAUUACAUAUUACGGAACAACAAGCACAACCACGCCCUACCAAACUACCCGAACUACCAUGCGGAAUGCCCCCCAUCCAUCCUCAAAUCACUUCCUGUCAUGAAGCUACUGGCAUCUGAGAUCAGAAAUGCUGCCGCACCCCGAUACUCUUCAGGCCUACUCAAUCUACCCAACAUAUUCUGUUUUGGCCAAUCCACUCUCCUUUCGGGAUACUUCUCAAAUAAAGCUUCAACCAUAGCUGUGACGAUAUACCCCGGGGAUAUGGUAUUGACCCGAAUUCCAUACUCGCCCCAUUCGGAUGCCAGAUUUCGAGCGAGUUGAACGACAGCUGCUUUGGAGGCAUUGUAGGCUGGACAUAUCAGGCCCUAUCGGGGAGUUGUCAGGAAGUGUUGAAAAAGAGCAGGACACGUCAAAUGGAAAGGGAAGAAAUACCCUAUUAGCAACAGUCCCACUCAUACUAGCAAUCAAAACCACACUCCCUCCCUCUCCCCAUCUCACCAUUUCUCUCGCAACUGCCUGCGCAGUCAUGAAAACACCAGUGACAUUGACACUCAUCAUCUUAUCGCAGUCCUCUGAUGUAUAUUUCAACGCUGGCGUUUCCUGCUGAAUACCUGCAGCUGCUAUGAGACCGUCCAUCCGUCCAUGUUGUGUUGAUAUCGACUCAACGAUAUUAUUCAGUGCAGGCACAUCGCGGACAUCGACGUGGUGGUAUGUCAGUGUAGUCCCGAGACUCAGGGCGCGCUUUUGGAUAUCGAAGAAUGCGGGGGAAGGCGUGGGUAGUCGAUCCAGGGCGUGGACUGGAUCUCGUUAGCUCCUUGUAUAUUUACCGAAUGAGUUGGGACAAGUGUGAAAUGGCACACCAAUUGCUCCGGCUUCUAGCAAUGCUUCUGCUUGUACUAGUCCCAAUCCUCGUGCUGCGCCGGAUACUAUCACUACCUUCCCAUCCAAGUUGAAUUCUGGGAGUCGAGAGGCACUUCCUGGGACAGCUUUUUGAGGCGGAGAUGAUUUGGAUGCUGGGGGUGGUGUCACGGAGUAGAGCGGUUUUAUGGAGGAGAAUGAGCGGGAAUUGGUUUGUUUUGCUGGGAUUAGUUGUCUUGUUGGAGGGCGGAGGGUGAGCAGUGCUCGUGUUAGAGCACGGUUGAGGGGUGGCAUUUUGAUGUUGCGAGCUUUGUAGUUAUGAACGUUGGUGGUGUUGUAAUUUUAUAUCCUGGGUGGAUUUUCAAUUUUUCUAGAUGCUGAUAGCUUCUAGGUCAUGCGCUGGCUUUUAUUGGACAACGAGGAGAGCUCGAGGUGUCUGUUUGAAGCUGUACAUGUGUGAGUACGUGCUACCCUGGGCUGAAAUGCGGGGUUAAGGUUGUUGUUGUACAGUACGGAGCUGGAAUUGAGUUUCCACUCGGGGCUUGUUCCGAG